AUGGCGCCAGCUCGGAAAUCUGGAACUUACAAGGGCGGAUUCGUCGUCACUGUCAAGGUAUCUCCCGAUAAGCUAAGAGAACUAGCAAGCGAUGAACCGGAAAUGGAAGACUCACCAGAAAAGGACACAACCUCCAUUAAGGACGCCACCGAUUCGAAGACUGCCGCCGAGCCCAAGGAAGUCGCUGAUUCCAAGGAGGCCCAGGACACCCCGGAAGCUAACGGAUCCACCCCGCCAGCCUCGAGUCAACCUGCUACGCAGGCAAACGGAGAGCACGUCUCCGACUCGAAUCCAGGCACCCCGGGGCCGUCCGCUAUGGGCCCUCCGGGGAAGAAGGGCACUAAGCGUGCGGCUGGCGCAAAUGGGGAACCUAAGGCGAGGGGGAAGCCCGGCCCGAAGAAGAAGGCGAAACUUGACGACGAUCCCCUCGCCGGACCUCGUGGCAACGCGUCGCACAAGCUCGGACCCAAAGCAAGCGCAGGCGCCAUCAAUGCCGGCCUUAGGGCCCUCGACCGAUCGGGAAAGCCUUGCCGGAAGUGGGCCAAGGGUUCCUUCAAGCUCAAGAGCUUCACCGGUGUGGUUUGGGAGAUAAGCAGGUGGAAGGCGCCGACAAAGCCUAGCCCCGAAGAGGGCAAAGCGGAAGGCGAGGCUGCGGAUGUGCCUGCGACGGAAGGCGCCAAAGAAGAUAAGCCUGAGACCAACGGCUCCAAGAAGGACGAGAAGAAGAAAGACAAGGAGGAGAAGAAGAAAGAGAAGGCCGCUCGAAACGAUGGCGAGACGCCAAACGGCAUCAUGAACGGUACUCCAAACGGCGUGGACAAUGACACCCAGGACGUCGAAAUGCAGGGCGUGGCACCAAGUUCGCCUGCGCCCGUCCCUGUCGCGGCUGCAUCCUAG